GUUUGGUAGCGUAACUUCAUAAUUACACUGCAGAGUGUGUAGCACUUACGUCUCUCUUCACAUUUUGUCCAUCUGGUAUUCGCCAUUAUUUCUAAGACCGAUAUUAUUAUUGUCAUGGCUGACGAACUCUUUGAUGCGCGCAAUGCCCUAGUGAUUGGCAACUACGACCAGGUGAUCUCAGAGUGCAGCAGUGCGAAGACAUCUCUAAGGAAAAGCGAAGAUAUUGCGCGGUUUAACGUCGAAAAGGAACUUUUGAUAGCAUGUGCUCAGAUUGGUCUUGGCCAAUAUGAUGUCGUCCUUCACAAAUAUAGCUCCGAGAACAACCCACGUCUAAAGGCGGUUUACGAGUACGCGAGGUUGAAUUCCACUCUCGCGAAAAAUCCCGUGCUGCCGGAGUCGGAGGAGGAGCUGAGCCCUGACGUGCAGGAGCCUCUUACACGUCUGACCACAGCGGCGACUGAGGUGCAGCCUGGGAAUGAGUUCAUCGCCAUUCUAGCCUGCUCGGCGCUGCUCUACGUUCACGACUACACGGGCGCGAUUGCGCUUGGUAAAACGUGGUUGAAGGGUCUUGAGGCGCCGCAUGGUGCGCUCGCCACUCAGCAGCGAAUCGAGCUGCAUGCGCUUGUGGUGGAGGGGCUUAUCCAGAUUAACCGAAUAGACCAGGUUAGCUAUGAGAUCGCGGCGAUGGAGAAGGCGAACGACGAGGCUUUGGUCACCUUGCUCUACGUCGGCAUUCAUGCGCUUUAUGAGGCCCAACAUACCCAGCAGAAGGAGUCCUACCAGAAGGCUUUUGACUCGUUUACCGACGUUAUUGAGCGCAGUGGUCAUAGCGUGAAGGUCUUGAAUUUACUCGCUCUUUCCCUUGUGGGGAUGCAAAUGUACGACAAGGCGGAAAAGGCUUUGCUAGACGCGCUCGCGAUCAAAUCGAGCGACGAGAACACACUGGUGAAUCUGGCGGUGGUUUCAGCUCACCUGGGAAAGCAGAGCGAUAUCGUGGAUCGAUACCUUGCACAAGCGUCGGCCGCAGGUGGUCUUUGGGAUAAGGAAUACACGAACAUGUCGACCGUCUUUGAUGCCGCAGCGGCCAACCACAUGGUUGAAUAA